AUGUUCUGGGAGAUUGUGCAGCAGGGUCAGAAAACAAUUUCGGCAUUUGGAAAGCUGGGCAGCGCGGGCAGCACUGACAGUCAAGUCCACUCUGCGCUUCACGCGGCCACGAAGUUCGUAGAGCGCAAAGUGAAAGAGAAGAUCAAAAAGGGCUACAAGGAGCGCGGCAAGGCAAAGGUGUGCCCUGCAUUCUUGCAGCCGAAGUAUUCCCAUGACUUCGUGCAGGUGGAGGGCACCAUCACUCAAGCAACCAAUAUCACCCCAGGAAAAAGUGGCAUGGCUUACGAGUGCGAAGCGCAGACUGCUUGCUUAGCCAGGCGAGACUGCCCAGGGUACUUCAAGCACAAGGGUUACUUCGAAGGCUACCCCACGUAUCACCUCUUGGGUCCUGGUACCGUGACUUGGAACAAAGGCUCCCACAGCGGCUGGGUUGUAUCCGUCAGAGUGAAAAGGGAAAGUGCAAAUGCAGCAGCGGCAACAACGACAUCUGAUCGAGCAGCUGGUCGUGGUGCGAAGAAGCAAGCCGUGAUGAAGGUCUUGAAGAAACCGGCGACAACAAAGACGUCUGAUCGAGCAGCUGGUCAUGGUGCGAAGAAGCAAGCCGUGAUGAAGGUCUUGAAGAAACCAGCGAAGCGCUAA